UCCGUUCGUACCCUUUCGUCUUCGUCUCUCCGCGCCCUGUUGGCUGACCGAUAGCACGAUUGCUCUUUUGUGACAAUGCUGCCCAAAGUCGUUCGAUCUGCCGCCGCCCGCUCGGCCCAGUCGGCUCGCGCCUACUCGGUCCUGAGCACCCAGUACAGCGCUACCACCUUUGUGCGCAAGGGUGACCAGGUUGCUUCGGCUCCCCAGGCCAACAAGGUCGUCUCGAAGUCAAAGUCCGGCAUCACCGUCGCUACCUACGACAGCAAGGGCCCCGCUAGCUCUCUUGCCGUCGUUAUUGGUGCUGGAAGCCGACACGAGUCCGCCCCCGGUGUCGCCCACCUGCUCAAGUCCUCCCUCAUCAGAAACCUCCCCGAUGACACCAUCGUCCGAACUAUCCGUGAGACCGAGCUCCGUGGCGACAGCUUCUACGCCUCUCAUACCCGCGAGAGCAUCGUCCUUGGCUCCGACUUCCUCCGUGAUAACCUCGUCGAUGCCGUCCCCCUUCUCCUGAGCCAUGUCUUCAACAAGCAGUUCCACCCCUACGAGUUCUACCGCAUCGGCCCCAAGACCGCCGCCGAGUCCUCGGUCACCCUUGCCGACCCCGUGGCCAGCUCGUUUGAGGCCGUUCACCGCGUUGCCUUCCGCAACGGCCUCGGCAACUCGCUCUUUGCCUCCGAGGCCUCCGUCAAGGCCCUCAACCGUGCCAAGCUCCACGAGUUUGCCAACAACUACUUCACUGCCGAUAACAUCACCAUCGUCGGCAAUGGUGUUGCCCACCAGGACCUCGUCGAGCUCGUCGACAAGGCUCUCGAGAGUGUCCAGGUCAACGCCAAGAAGGCCGAGACCACCGCCACCAAGUACUUUGGUGGUGAGCACCGCAUCGAGGCCGGCCCUCAGUCCACCGCCACCUACGUCGUUGCCUUCCCCUCGGUUGCCCGUGGCUCGAACGACUAUGCCGCCGCUCUUGUCCUGAGCUCCCUCCUCGGCGGAUCCCAGCGCAUCAAGUGGGGUGCUUCUUCGGCUCUCCUCGGUGAGGCCUCCACCGCCAACACCAGCUCCUCUGCCUUCAACGCCUCUUACUCGGACGCCGGUCUCCUCGGCUUUGUUGUCCAGGGCCAGACCGCCGACGUCAAGUCGGUUGCCCAGCGAUCCAUUGAUGCUCUCAAGAAGAUUGCCAACGGCAGUGUCUCCGAGGCCGACGUUGCUGCUGCCAAGAAGGCCACCAUCAUCGACGCCGAGGCUGGCGUCUGGGGCAGCCGUGAGACCUCCGUCAAGGAAAUCGCUGCCGAGACCCUCACCACCGGCAGCUUCGCCGCCCCCACCGACUUUGCCCAGCAAGUACAGAAGGUCACCGCUGCCGAUCUCAGCAAGAUCGCCCGCGCUGCCCUCGCUGCCCGCCCGAGUAUUGUUGCCCACGGAAACACCGUCAAGCUCCCUUAUGCCGAUGAGCUUAGCUUCUAACUGCUUUCCCAGUUAAUUUUCUUUGGCUGAGAAAUUGAUCCUCGUUCUCUUGCAUUUGAUAUGACCCUUAUUGAACUACAUUCCAGUCUGCGCGAACGGGGCACCCGAUUCUGAGGCCAGUGGCCAUGUUUUUUUUUCCUGGCUGUUGAAUACACACACCCAUUCACCACAAA